UCAAUGUUCACUGACGAUCUGAACAUACUUUAUAAUUCAUUACAUCACCUGCAUGUCGAAUUAUUUGCAAAUUUAGGUCACUGGUUUUGCAUUUUAAAUCAAAAUAAAUACAAAUAAUACAAAUAAGGUUAAGGAUAUACCUGAAGAUAACCAAUAAAAUAUGUAGAAAUAAACAAUAAAUGGACAACAGAACAUGUAACAAUAAAAACAGGUAUUUAACUCUUUCAUUUUUUAGUUGCUGUGAGGAAUGGAGGAGAGGAGGGGGAGGGGGAGAGGAUAAAAACAAAAGAGAUGGAGUGUUUCUCUGUGGAAUAAUGAGGGAAGCAAUCAUUAGAAGUAGAUCAGACGCUCACACAGCUACUGCAUCAUAUCAACUCAUCGACAUGGCAUCAAAAAUUAUUUACUUCACUGUGAACGGGAUCCCUGAGCGGGCCGAGUUCCCAGGAGACUGUCCAGCUCAGGACCUCAAAGAUCUGUUCCGCUCUGCAGCAGAGGCCGGACCCCAUGACAUUCUGAAACUGUAUAACCCCAAAGGGAACAUCAUCAACAUCUCCCCAAGCCUGGAACCCAACAGUCCCACCUCCUGCUACAAGCUGGAGGUGGUAGCUGCUGACUACAACAGUGAGCCGUUAGGCGCAGAGCUCACUGGUGCACUCGGAUUCAAUCUCUCAUCCAUGGAAAAAAGACUGCAGGGCCUGGAGAAGAAAAUCCUCUUUGAGGCCGGAGAGACGCCUGUAGUCGUGUAUGAGAUGAAGAAGCAGGUGGAUUCUUUCCGGGAGAAGUUGGAGAAUGUUGAGCAUCUAAGCUGGCUGGGCUUCUUCAAAAACCUUUCAGAAGGACCUAACAAGCUGUCCCCAUUCUACCACAAGAGAACCUUACAUAAGACCAGGGAGGAGUGUGAACACGUUCGGGAGAAGUUCUUGCAGACGAGCUCUCUGGAGGUCUCGGAGGAAUUGAGGCAGUACCUGAAGACCCCGACCUUUGAUAACUGGCAGUGGGAGGACGCAGAGAUCAUGGUUCUCCUGCAGGUCAUGUACACAGAUUUAGAUUUUAUUGCCACCUUCAACAUCGAGCCUGAAGUUCUGCAACAGUUCCUGUUCGAGGCGUACCGACAUUACAACAACAUCCCGUUUCACAACUUCAAACACUGCUUCUGCGUCACCCAGAUGAUGUACGGUUUGAUCUGGCUGACUGACCUGAAGAGUAAAAUGGAGAACAUCGACCUACUGAUCAUGCUGACGUCUGCCGUAUGCCACGACCUCGACCACACUGGAUACAACAAUGCAUAUCAGAUAAAUGCCCAAACUGAACUCGCUCUGCGAUAUAACGACAUCUCUCCACUGGAAAACCACCACUGUGCUGUAGCUUUUGAGAUUCUGGAGACGAGAGAGAGCAACAUCUUCAGGAACCUGUCCUCGGAUCAGUACAAACGGAUAAGGGAGGGAAUAAUCAAAUGCAUUCUGGCCACCGACAUGACGAGGCACAACGAGAUUCUUAACAAGUUCAAGUCCAUCCUGUCUGGUUUUGACUUCACCAACAAGGAGCACAAAGACCUGCUCAUGAUGGUCCUGAUCAAAGUGAGCGACAUUUCCAACGAAGCCCGGCCCAUGGAGGUGGCCGAGCCCUGGUUAGACUGUCUGUUACAGGAAUUCUUCAACCAGAGUGACAUGGAGAAGUUGGAGGGUCUUCCAGUCAGUCCCUUCAUGGACAGAGACAAAGUAACUAAACCUUCAUCUCAAAUCGGCUUCAUCAGAUUCGUCCUUCUGCCACUUUUCAUUGAGCUCGCCAACCUCUUCCCCUGCCUGGAGCAACACAUUAUCGACCCAGUGCGAAAAGCCCUCGACUAUUACACUGAGAUGGAGAAAGCUCUGGACAAAGAGAAACAGAACUGGUCUCAGAGUGAGAGUGGAGCCAAGAACAAGGAGGCAGCUGAUCUUCAACCAGAAGCCUCAAAACCAGAGACACAGUCACCCACAGUUGGCUGAUGACACCUGAACACCACAGACUUUAUACAACCUGUUAGAAGACCUUAGGUGAAGUUGUUUUAAAUUUUGUAAAAACAUCUAGAUUUUUAUUUUGUUUCUUUGUUCAACUAAACAUAAACACUGUAUGAUUAUUUUAAGGAAGAACGUUUAACAAGAGUUGGCAUUUAAUCCUAGCCUUAAAAGUAGACAGGGUGUCUGCCUCACGGACUAAAACUGGGAGCUGGUUCCACAGGAGAGGAGCCUGAUAACUAAAGGAUCUGCCUCCCAUUCUACUUCUAGAGACUCUAGGAACCAC